AUGAUUGAAAAGCCAACACUUAAUGUUGUCUUCGUGGGACAUGUUGAUGCUGGAAAAUCGACACUGGCAGGGAGAUUGUUGAAUGCUCUCGGGACAAUUAAUAAUGGAAUUAUUGAUAGGCUUAGGAAUGAAUCCACGAGAGCGGGAAUGGCAUCGUUCCUUUAUGCUAAUGUGUUGAGUAGAACAAAGGAUGAAAUAAAGAUAGGAAGAACCAUUCAAAUAGCCCACAGUAGAGCGGAAACUAAGCAUUAUUAUUUGAAUAUUAUUGAUGCUCCAGUUGGAUCUUUUAUGAAAAGUUUGAUUAGAGGAAUAUCACAAGCUGGAGUUGCCAUAAUAGUCUUGGAUGCUGAAACUGGAGCAUUUGAAGCUGGAAUUCAAUCAGUUAGACAGACAUUAAUUAUGACAAAAAGUAUGGGAGUGAUUCAAUUGAUAUUUUGUGUCAACAAGAUGGAUAGCAGGUUUUUUAAUCAUUCAAAAGAUAGGUUUGCAGAAAUUAAAGAUGAAAUUACUAGAAUAGCAAAGAGAGCUGGGUAUAUAGCAGAACCUUUAUUCAUUCCAGUUUCAGCUUGGAAUGGAUGGAAUAUAUUGGAGCCAGCAGACAAGUUCAGUUGGUUUAAAGGGCCUACACUUCUUGAUGCUAUUAAUGCACUAAAACCACCAACCUAUCAUUCUGAAAAGCCUUUGAGAAUACCUAUUUUGGAGGUUUAUAAUUUGGAAGGUGUAGGAACUGUAGUUUUUGGAAAAAUUGAAUCAGGAACUUUAAAAUUGGAUACUAAACUGAGAUUCACAAAUGGAAAAAAGAAAAUUACUGAUGGAACUGUUGGCUCAAUAGAGAUUUUUAGAAAAUCUGUCACUGAGGCAAAAGCUGGAGAAAUGGUGUCAAUCAAACUAGAAAAUGUAAAUUAUCAAGAUUUGAAAGCAGGUAUUAUAAUAUCAGAUGCUGAAAAUAAUCCUGCUCGAGAGGUUGUUUCUUUUGAGGGUGAGAUUGUAAUUGUGAAAUGCCCUGGUGUUAUUAAGCCAUCAUACAAACCUACCUUCCAUUGCUAUACAUUACAAACAAGAUGUAAAUUUAAACAGCUUUUAGAAACUUCCAAGAUGCCUGAUAGGUCUGAAAAGGAGGAAAAUCCAACAGAGCUUAGAACAGGAAGGUUUGCAGUAGUUCUAUUCGAACCAGAUCAUCCUUUCUAUAUUGAGCCAUUUGAAACUUUCCCUCCAUUUGGAAGGUUUGUAAUUAGAGAUAAUGGACAUGUAACAUGUGUUGGAAUUGUUAAAAAGGUCAAUUACGAGACAGAAAAUUGA